AAUCUGAAGUAACGACGGUGAACCGCUGCCUGGAUGCCGCCAAGGCGUGUAACAUAGAUGAGACGUGUCAGAAGCUUCGUACGGAAUACGUGUCGGCCUGCAUCCAGCCGUCGGCCCGCUCGGGGCCGUGUAACCGACCAAGGUGCAACAAGGCGCUGAGGAAAUUCUUUGACCGUGUUCCCCCCGACUACACCCACGAGCUGCUGUUCUGUCCCUGCACCGACACGGCCUGCGCCGAGCGCCGGAGGCAAACCAUUGUGCCGUCCUGCUCCUACGAAGACAAGGACAAGCUCAACUGCCUGGCUCAGCUGCGGAUCUGCAAGGCGGACUAUGUGUGCAGGUCUCGCUGGGCACAGUUCCAGUAUGAUUGCCAACCCUCCGAGCUGAGCGCCAGCGGCUGCAAGCAGGAGAACUACGGAGCGUGUCUACUUGCGUACACCGGCCUGAUAGGUAAGAACCAAGUCUUCUCGUGCCAGCGCUGGCUCACCCGCCCUCUGUGA